AUCAGACAAAAGUUUGCAUUGUUGGAGCUUUUAGCUGACGUCACUUUUGUUCCUUGAAGUGAAGCUGAACAAACCUUGAGAAGAGUCUCCCUCAAUCUGCUGUGUAGUAGUAGCCUAACUAACACACACACACACACUCAAUUACAGCCCAAUUUCGUUCUUUAUAAUCUCCUGGCACUGUCCUCAAACGCAAAUCUGGGGAAACAUAACGCUAUUUUAAAUAGUAACUGACGUGAAGGAGGAUACAUAAAGUGACGAAAAUAAGCUUGCAGAGCCGUGAUGUCACAUAAUUGAGGAUCCUUCAACAAUAUGGAGUCAGGAGAGCGGCUGGCCUCCCCAUCGCCAGCCCCGUCCUCCCUGCAUAUCACCACGUCCGCUGUCUCCUCCGUCGGCUCCUCACCGGCCCCUGCCUCGGCCAAGACACCCUCCUCCAAGUGCAGCGUCACCCCCAGCCACGCCGCCCUGGGCUCCCCUCUCACCACCUGUGGACACUUGUUCCGGGCGGCGGGCGAGCAACAUUUCAACAUGUCUACGGUUUCAAGUGCCUUUCCCAUCGUCAACCACCCAGCAUUUGGUCUGUACACUACCAGCUCAGGGCGCUCAGAGUUUGGAGGCCUGGGCUCCCUGGGGAUGUCUGCUUCCUUGGCUGCUCACUCCCAGCUAGGUGCCUUUCCAGGUAUGGCAGCUUUUCCAGAAUGGUGGCGGGCAGCUGAGGCUCAGGGGCGGGGAGCUGCAGCCUUCUUUCCCCAUCUCAUGGGGCUCCCGCCCAUGUUCCUACCCCAACUCCAGCAGAGCCACGACCUCAGCCCCUUCCAGGCCCGCACCCCAAGCAAGAACGGACGAGCCACAGCCAAAGGAGUGAAUGGAGCUGUGAAUGGCAGCAGGAUCUCCACUGUGUCUGGGAGCAGCUUCAGCACAACCGCCACUACGUUCUCAACACAGGGGAACACGGAGAAACAGAAAGCCACCAACGGAAGCGUCAGAAGCCGCAAGAGCCACCAGGACGUGACCCAAGUGAAGGAGAAGAGCGCUCAGAAAACUAAAGAGAAGAAACUCAGCAAGAAACCAGUGGAGGCAUCCAGCAACAGUGACAGCGAAUCAGGUUCUUCCUCGGAUAUCUCCAGCGAAGGGGUGAACAGCAGUGACUCAGACGACCUAGACGAGGAGGAGGAUGAUGAUGACGACGAUCAGAGCAACGACAGCGACGAUUCUGACUCGGAGAAGGAGAGCCGUGUAAAGAGGACGAUUAAGAGCCUGACACAGAGCACUGCCGACAGCAAGAAGAGACCCCACGCUGCUGAAGGCGAGAAGGCUCGGGAUGCUCGGGACAGCCGGAGUGGUCUGCUUCAGAAACAUCCAGACGAGGCCUUUCUCCAUUUCCUCCACUACCCGCUCCAACCCUCACCCCAGCCCCCAGCGCUGUCCCAGUCCACAUCCCUAGUCUUCCAGAGCUCCAGGAACAGGGAGGAAGAACUCAAGCAGCACACCAGUGUGAUCCAGGCUACGGGGUUGGCCAGUACUAAACCCUUGGCUCUGGUCAAACCACGCAGAGUGGCCUCAUCGUCUCCUCAACCCACCAGGCCCUUCUCUUCCUCACCCAAACCCUUUUCUCUUUCUUCUUCACCUAAACCAAACUCUCUCUCUUCAUCUCCCAAGCCCGUCUCCCUCUGCUCUUCUCCGAAGCCCUUGUCUCUCUCCUCCUCACCUAAGCCUCACUCUCUGUCUUCGUCCCCCAAACCACCCACCCUUUCGCCCUCACACAAACCCAACUCUCGGACGGGCUCCCCCAAACCCCUCACCCUGUCUGACAGUAUGAAGUCGGGAAGCAGAAACUUCCUGGAUGAAACCUUGUUACACAUCAACAACUUUAAAUUGAAACAGCCCUUCGUCUCCCAGGAGCACUUCAAACAGGCCUUCCCUCUGCCAGUGAUGCAUCAGGAUCUGUUCAAGAGCCCGAAGAAAAAGAAAAUGGCCGCCUCAUCGUUCUCCUCAUUAGCACCGCCCAAACUGUCUCCAGAGACCCCGAGCAGUCACAGGCUCCCUUCUCCACACACCAACCACUCCAACCUGUUCCUGGCCUCCUCCCUCCUGGGCGCCCACCCCAAAGGGGUGAUCCACAGCAAGGUGCAGGAUGCCCCCAUGGCCCUCAUCACCAAGCCUCGCAGCAGCAGUCAGAACAGGAGCACCAUCAAUAAUCCUGUCAUGGCGGCCAGCAGCCCACCCUUCUCUAUGCCUGUCAACCUGAGCACUGGGACUAAGGAGCACAGCUCUGGAGCACUAGGCUGGGUCUCUACCUCACCGGGCCUGGCCCACAGAGCUGAGAAGAGCAAGGCCCAGCAAAAGGCUCUCCACACAGGGAAGGGUAUCUCCCAGACCCACCUGGUGCAGUCCCAGGUGGAGCUGUUCCGGGGCACAGAGUCUGACAUCCCCAGCAGCAAGGACUCCGACGACUCCGUAGAGGAUGAUGACCAUGAUGACGAAGAUGACGACGAAGAGGAUUCUGAUGACAGCCUAUCAGAGUCUGAGAGUAAUCUGGAGAGCGACUCGGACGACGUGAAGGACCACGACGCAACCACCACGGACACGGAGGCAGAUAGGACCCCUCUGAAGCGUGCCAAAGGCUCCUCUUCUCUACUCGACACCACCUCCUCCAGCCUCUCAGCCAGCUGCUCCCCUCUCAACCUCCAGGUCAUCAAGGCAUCUGGUGGCCUGCCCACCCCAGCCAUGGUGACCAGCACUGGGGCCUUGGCCUACCACAGCACCCCCUCUUCCUCAUAUACUCUCUGCUCCACUCCACCAGGAACAGGGAAGAGAAGGAGAGUGACAGAUGAGAGAAAGCUGCGGACACCUCUAGAGUUUGGGUGGCAGAGAGAGACUCGUAUCUGUAAUGUGGCGGGCCGUCUGCAGGGUGACGUGGCGUACUACGCCCCGUGUGGGAAGAAGCUCCGGCAGUACCCCGACGUGAUGAAGUAUGUGUCCAGAAAUGGAAUAAGUGACAUCACACGCGAUCAUUUUAGCUUCAGUGCAAAAAUAAGGGUUGGUGACUUCUAUGAAGCCAGAGAAGGACCCCAGGGAUUGCAGUGGAGCUUGUUGAACGAGGAUGAGGUGAUUCCUCGUAUCCUGGCCAUGGAGGGGAGGCGUGGGCAUCCCCCUAAGCCUGAGCACCAGAGGAGAGGUGACGAGGGCCCCCGGUCCAGGCGCAGUAAGGGUCGACUUCCUAACGUUGGCGAGGCCGACUUUCCAGGCGCCACUGACGCCAAACUUCUACGCAAACUGGAAGCUCAAGAGAUAGCUCGACAAGCAGCCCAGAUUAAAAUGAUGAGGAAACUUGAAAAGCAGGCCAUGGCACUAGCAGCCAAGGAGGCCAGGAAACAACAAGCAAUCAUGGCUGCUGAGGAGAAGCGGAAACAGAAGGAGCAAGUAAAGAUUGUAAAGCAGCAGGAGAAGAUCAAGCGCAUUCAGCAAAUUCAAAUGGAGAAGGAGCUCAGAGCGCAGCAGAUUCUCGAGACUAAAAGGAAAAAGAAGGAAGAAGCGGCAAAUGCCAAAAUAAUGGAGGCUGAAAAACGAAUCAAGGAGAAAGAGAUGAGGAGGCAACAAGCAGUCAUUUUGAAACACCAGGAGUUGGAGAGGCAUAGACUAGAUAUGGAGAGGGAGAGGCGGAGGCAGCACAUGAUGCUGACGAAGGCCAUGGACGCCCGUAAGAAAGCAGAGGAGCGGGAGCGCUUAAAGCAGGAGAAGAAGGAUGAGAAACGGUUAAACAAGGAGCGGAAAUUGGAGCUUAGAAGACUGGAACUGGAAAUUGCCAAGGAGCUGAAGAAGCCAAAUGAAGACAUGUGCUUAGCAGAUCACAAGCCUCUCCCGGAGUUAUCCCGUAUUCCCGGCCUGGUUCUACCAGGAAGCAGCUUCUCUGACUGCCUGAUGGUGAUGCAAUUCCUGCGGAGCUUUGGGAAGGUGCUGGGCUUCGACGUGGACGCCCACAUACCCAACCUGAGCGUGCUGCAGGAGGGCCUGCUCAACCUGGGAGACAGCAUGGGACAGGUCCAGGACCUGCUGGUGCGCAUGCUCUCUGCUGUGGUGUGUGACCCCGGACUGCCCCCAGGACACCGGACCAAGACGGCCCUGGGGGACCACGUGAGUAAUGUGGUCAUCAACCGGGAUAACGUGUCGGAGGUGCUGCGGGUCUACAUGGAGGCUCACUGUGGGGGGACGGAGCUGCAGACUGAUCUGGGGGAGGUCACGGCCAGUCUCAAGACCAAGGCUUUCCAGGCCCACACAGCCACACAGAAGGCUUCGGUCCUGGCCUUCCUGGUCAACGAGCUGUCCUGCAGUAAGAGUGUGGUCAGCGAGAUCGACAAGAACAUUGAUCACAUGACCAACCUGCGACGGGACAAGUGGGUCAUUGAGGGCAUGCUUCGCAAGCUGAGGACCAGCCACGCCAAGAAGACUGGGAAGAGAGACAGCGGUGUGGGGGGAGAGGAGACCCAGUCCCUGGGUACACCCACCCCCGGACAGAAACGCAAGAGGAAAGGAGGGGACAGCGAGGAGGACGAGGAUGAUGACGAGGACAGCGAGGAUCAGGGGGAUGAAGACGACGACGAGGAAGAGGAGGAGGAUGAGGAGAGAGGGAAGAAAGGGAAGAAAGUGGAAACCUGUGAGGAUGAGGAUGAUGGGGACCAGACAUCCAGUGUAGAGGAGCUGGAGAAACAGAUCGACAAAUUAACCAAGCAACAGAGUCAGAUCAGACGGAAGCUGUUUGAGUCGUCCCACUCGUUGCGCUCCAUGAUGUUCGGCCAGGACCGCUACAAGCGCCGUUAUUGGGUGCUGCCACAGUGUGGGGGCGUCUUUGUGGAGGGUAUGGAGAGUGGCGAAGGAGCAGAGGAGCUGGAAAAGGAGAGAGAGAGACUGAGGAGCACAGAGCUGGUCCAGGUGAAGGAGGAGGCUGGAAAGGAGGCCGCAGGAGGUGGAGGGGAGGCUAGGGGCGUCCACCCUGGGGGUAGCUGUAACAAGAACACCGCCACACCAGACAAGCACACCCUCAACCUCUUCCUCCAGAAGCCCGGCUCCUUCUCCAAACUCAGCAAACUCCUGGAGGUGGCCAAGAUGUCCCCGGACUCAGACAACCACCCUCACAGUCUGAGCUGUAGUCUAGCCAAAGUCCCCACCACAGUAGCCUCCCCUAUCCGCCCCACCAUUCAGACUACACUACACAGCAACCCCUCUGCAUCUCCCUCUCCGCUGUGUCCAGAGGUGAAAGCGGAGCCUUCCACAGCCCUCAGCCCGCUCUACCUCAGUAGCGGCCCAGGGAAGAUGUCCUCCAGCCCCCAGCAGCAGCAGCUCCAGCCCAAUGAUCAGCUCUUCAGGGUGCUGACGGAGAAAAACUGCCACUGGUUCAGCCUGCUGCCCCGCUCCCCGUGUGACGAGUCGUCCGUCACCACCAGCUCCACCACCACCCCCCCGGCCUCCUCCCCCUAUUCCUCCUCAACCACCAGGCCCAAGUCCCCCUCCUCCCUGUCUUCUAAUUCCCUAGCCUCCACCUCAGCCAGCCCCAGCAAUCCCACCACUGGGAUCAAUAACUUCCCUUUUUCAGCUCUCCAGCAGGUGAAGUCUGGCGUCCAUAUGAUAGGUCUGCCAUUCUGUGGAUGGCCCGGUGGCAUGAUGAUCCCCACCCUGCCCUUCUCUGCCAGUCCACUGCCCCCCUCCACGCUGGCGGCUGCCUACCACCAUGGGGAGGGUAACGGCAACCCCUUCCUGGCAGUGCCCCCUGGAGCGAAGCCCCCCUCUGCCCUGUCCCCCGUGGUGGAGGUGGCCAAGACCCAGGACUACCCCGACCCACUGCCCAUUCCAGAGGAGAUGCUGUCAGGCUGGUGGAGAGUGGCAGACAUGGAGGAGUUGAGGAGCUUGGUCAAGGCCUUGCACAACAGAGGUAUCAGAGAGAGAGCCCUGCAGAAACAGAUCCAGAAACACAUGGAGUACAUUGCACAGGCCUGUGCCAAAAACAGAGAUGCGGCGGUGAUAGACGAGUCCAAGCUGGUGGAGAACGGGGUGAGCGAGGAGACAGUGGAGAGCUGGUGUGUGGAGGAGCAGGCCAUGGAGAUGGACAUCGCUGUUCUGCAGCAGGUGGAGGAGCUGGAGAGGAAGGUCACUUCGGCCAGCCUGCAGGUUAAGGGUUGGAUGUAUCCGGAGCCCCAGUCAGAGAGAGAGGACCUGGUCUACCAUGAACACAAGCCCUUCACUAAGCUGCUUCUAGCAGGAGAGGAGCAGCUUGCAGGGGAGGAGGCGGCCAAUGGCGGUUGCAGCCUGGUGCGGCGCGUCAACAACCCCCUAGAUAUCGCUGUAACACGGCUAGCCGAGCUGGAGAGGAACAUCGAGCGAAGGGGGGAAGAAGAACUGGCCCCAGGCAUGAAGGUAUGGCGCAAGGCCAUGGGUGAGGUCUGCAGCGCCGCCCAACUGUCUCUCUGCAUCCAGCAGCUCCAGAAGUCCGUUGCCUGGGAGAGAUCCAUCAUGAAAGUGGCAAGUGGUCAAUCCCCCAAGAGUAAGAAGCAGCAGCAGAGCCGAGCGGGGGCAGCCGGGCGAGGAGGGAAGAAAACCACCGAGGUAAAACGGAGCAGGAAACCGUCGUCUGUAGCCAGCGGAGAGGUCUCUGAGGACGAUGCUGCCAGCACCAGCAGCAGCACGCCAAAAAAAGUGAGUAAAGAGCCCAAAAAGAGGAAGAGCCCAGGAGAGGGGACCCCAGCCACCAAGCAGUCCAAGCAGGACAGUACUCCCGUCUGUGUGAAGAAGGCGAAGACGGCCACAUCAGCCAGAGAAAAUGAAAAGGAUCUGACGUUGUGCAGGGUGCUACUGGUUGAGCUGGAGGGUCACCAGGAUGCCUGGCCCUUCCUUAACCCUGUCAACCCCAAAUCUGUCCCUGGCUACAAGAAAGUCAUCAGGAAACCCAUGGAUUUCUACACAAUCCGAGAGAAGCUCGUCAACAGCCAGUACUUGAACCUGGAGACGUUUAUAAUCGACGUUAACUUGGUGUUUGAUAACUGUGAAAAGUUUAAUGAAGACAAUUCGGACAUUGGACGAGCCGGACACAACAUGAGGAGGUUUUUUGAGAAUAGAUGGAAUGAGCUGUUAAAACAAACCAACUAGGCUAGUUUGAACUACUUUCUCCUCACUAUACUGUAUGGGACCAGCAGUAACCACAAGCAGAGCAACUGGAUUGGUCUAAAGACUCUCCGUCAGCAACCAGGGAAACCUAAAUGAAUUUACAAUUGUAAUUCUACACAUUCACUUCAGUGAUGUACAGUAGAAUGCAGUUUUUUUUUUUAAGAGCAGAGAAAUGCACCCAAAGGGAUUCACACAAAAGGGGUGGGUGUUUUUAAAGUGCAAUACCAUUUCCUAGAAGAAACCACAUCAGAGCUGUAACUGGGAACAAAAACGUUCCAACUAACUGUACUUAGUUUCUUAAAAAAAAAAAUCAUUAAUAUUAAAGUGAAUGUAUUUAAUUUAGUUAAUUAUUUAUGAGUGAAAAUGGUUCUGUUCCUAAGACGAGGAAGAAAAAAGCUAAACUGCUUGAACAAAAAUCUCACGGAUGGUUUUUUUUGGACAUAAAACAAAAGCCAAGAGAAAAAAAUGAAUUGUUUACACUGCUCUGUGCCGCCGGGGUACCACAAGAUUCCUGACGGUAUUACUGUAACACUGCAUUUCAAUGUAUCUUUACAUUGCUCGCUAACUUCACACGGACAGUGAGGCAGCAAUGACAUCUGUAUAUACUGUUCAUUCAUGUUAAUAUGAAGUAUUGGUUGUAAUAUGUGUACAUACAGUAUUGUUACAAGAAAUCCAAUAUUGUUUAUGCCUUUGAUUGUGGUGUUUCAUUUCAGUCUAAAGUGAUAAAUACAUGUGUAUAUUACCUGUAAUGUAUAUCCUCUGCAAACACUGUGGUCUCUUCACUCUGGGUAAUGCCUGCCCUCUCAAAUGUGUGGGGGGAUAUUAUUUCAAUCUUUUGGUUUACAUUCCUUCAAAAGGUGUGUGUGUGUGUGUGUGUGUGUGUGUGUGUGUGUACACCAGUAUACAAAAUGUCAACUCUGGUGGGCCUCGAAUUCUGACAUUAUCAUCCUAUCGUCAGUAUAGAAUCCAUUGUGAUGCACAGUACCUUUCAUAAAAGAUGUUCUCUCCAUUUGCUUUACCACAGACACAAGGACACAGAGCGUUUGUAAUAACCACUGUGUUUGAAUCUUGCUGUGUCAUGGUUUACUGGUGCCAUGUACAGCAGUUUCUUUGUACCUGAGUCAGAGUACUUGAAGUUAUUUUAUUUAUGAAUAUUGUGGGGGAAAAGUCCCUUUUUUUUGUAGGAGCAUUAUUUUUCACUAGUGUGUGGGGCACGGAUCUAAUAUAAAGGAUCUUUUUCAACUCUG